GGUAUUCUCUCUACGGCACUUCGCCCUUUCCUUCAAAACCGAAAGUAAAGUAACUUAACGGACUCGUUUGCCUCGCCGUCUGCCACGAUGAACGCGCCCGUCGUCCUCUCCGUUGUUUUUCUGCUCCAAGUCUCCAUUUCAGAGUCUGGUCUCACAGUUCACACCCCACAGCCUUUCCCAGUGGCUCACGUGGGGUCACAGGUCCUGCUGCAGUGUUUCUUCACGGUGACACCAGAUGUCAUUGAUGUUAAACAGUUGACAGUCACUUGGAUACAAUAUGCACAGACCGUAGCAACGUUUACCAAGGGGGACAUCUUUGAGAAACAGAACCUGAGCCUGAAUGCUGAGGGGCUGAAGAGUGGAGACGCAUCUCUGCUCAUCAGGCGUGUCGUCCUUGAUGAUGAAGGUCAGUACAGGUGUACAGUGCAACAUAAAGGAGAAGAAAAAGACGUGGACAUCCAUGUGAAUGUCAGAGCGACUCCUCAUGUGUCCAUAAAGCUGGAAACGAACCUCAGUCAGUCUCAAGGAGUGGUGACCUGUGAAGCUGUGAGUUUCUACCCACAAGGCAUCAGCUUUAACAUCACAAGAAAUAGUGAGACGUUAAAAAUAGAGAAACUGACAUCGAGUCCAAGUCCAUCCAGGUGGCGUCUACCUGACCAGUCCUUCAGUGCCAGGAGUGUCUACACCUUUGACGUGAGUGACAUCAGGAACAGCAGAGACACAUUCAGCUGUGAAGUGACACAUGAAUCUGUGGGUCAGCCAAUCACAGUCUCCACCACACCAGUCUGCGGGCUGACAACAGGACACGUUACUUGGAUAGUCGUAGUUGUUCUCAUAGUCAUUGUCGUCCUCCUCGUCCUCCUCGUCCUCCUCAUCCUCCUCCUCGUCCUCCUUUAUAGAUGGUACUCAUCUUCAGUGAAGUUGUCGAUGAUCACCCCUUUGGAUGAGGAUGACAAUGUGCCCACUUCACUGAAGUGCACCCUGACAGGCUGGCGUUUGAAAAUGGUCACUGUGGAGUGGUUUGAAAAUGACAAUCGGAUCUAUACAGACCAUAAACCAACAGACACAGAGUGUGGUACCUCUGUGCCCCUCACAGACCCCUGUAAAUACCACAUUGACAGACAGUGCUGUGGAGAAGAGAAUGUCCUGACACUGAAGAUAUUUUGCAAAAGUGAAGACGUCCUGGGUGCCAAGUUCAGGUGUCGGGCUACUCACAGACAGACCAGGAGGAGUGUGGAGCGCAGCUAUGAAAUACAUGACAGGAGAGCUAAACCCACAGUGAGUAACAUCCAGCAAAACUCCACAUUUGAAAAUGACGACUUGGAGCUAAAAGUCACAGCAUCAAACUUCUGGCCUCGGAAUGUGACAAUUGAGUGGUUUGUGGAUGAAGAAAUGAAAAAGGAAGAGGAGCUGACUGGAAAUCCAAUUAGUGGAUCAGACUCGUACUCAGCAGAAAGUGUCUGUCGUGUAACGGUGCAGGAGUGUGAGAACAGCAGGAUCAUGGCGAAGAUCCAUCAUGAAUCAUUAAACUUUCCAAUAGUGAAGACCUUCACAAAGCGUAAAGGCUCACUUCAGUGUAAUAUCAACUGUCUAACGUAUACGAAGGUUCACUUCCCCUGCGUUCUUUUGUGUGAACUACAAGGCCUCAAGUCAGAUGACAAGAAGGUUGAGAUGACCUGGUUUAGAAGUCCCAGAAGCCAAGGUGCUAAGAUUAAAGCAGGAAGUGAUGGCUGGACAAUCAAAAGCAACAAAGGUUUUUAUGUAUGGGAACCGAAUGAGACCCUCACAUAUAAGAAUUUUCUGGAAUUCAUCCCUGAUGAGGAGUCCGAACUCCUGAUGAGGUACACCUGUGAAGUGAACCACGAGAGUCUGAAGGAGCCCUUUAGGCGAGUCCUCAUACCAAACCUAGACAGAGUAAUUAGGCCUGAUGUCAAACUACAGAAAGUCGUGUGGACUAAAAACCGCUGUGUGCUGCACUGUGUGAUCUUUAACUUGCAUUAUCCUGAAGACUUCAAGGUGACCUGGACCAGGAAGGAGAAAAGUACAGAUAAAGUGGAAAUAGUGGCUGGGACAGAAAAGUGGCCCGCUGAAAUUUCCACAGUCGGACCAUGGAUGGAAGCCGUCAACUAUAAAGUCAUCUCACAGUUGGAGUUCCAACCAACGCCUGGCUCUGAAGACAUGACUUACUGUGUCACUGUGGACUUUCCAAUAUCAGAGAAGAGCUCCAGAAAGCGUGAGCUGAAUGUGAGAAACCUCCCAGCAGGACAGAACAGAACGAGGAGACAUCAGUGAUCCCUGCCCCACUCAUAUUUUUGUGACCAAAGGAAAAUGAAGCCAUCUAAGUCUGUGACCUGCCUGGGCAUCAAUGACCCACACUUGAGUAAAUGUGACUGUGAGUUCACUAUGAGUAGUGAGUGGGUCGGUCCACUGGGAAGGUGGAAGGCAAAAGGAAGUGACCAGUGAACAGCAGCUCAGGACGUGGACCUCAGCCCUUCCUGCUCGCUUCUCUGCUCUGCUUUUGUGCUACGCUUGUCUCUUUGCUCCUUUGUUCCAGUUCAGUGUCUCCUCAUUUACCUGG